AAAAAAAGAAGAAAGAAGGGAAAGCACUCAAAAAGGGGCGAUGCGGGCGCUGGGGAUGGGCCGGUGCUGACCCCUGGCCUCGGGACAGCUCGGAGCGGCCGAGGAUGCCUGCGGAGGGACCCGGGACUCCUCUCUGGACAUAAGGGGUGGCCGAGGGAGAGACAUGUGGGGACAGCGCCCUCCCAGCCGGCACAGAUCUCCCUGCUCCGACACGAGCGGCGCUCACCAUGGCCACAGCUUGGAGGCUCCUCACCUGGACCGUCACCCUCGGCCUGGCCGGCGGCACCUUCCCCGGCUCCAGCUUCCAGUCACAGGAGGAAUUCCUCUCCAGCUUGGAUCACUAUGAGAUCGCCUUCCCCAUCCAAGUGGACCAGAACGGGGAGUUCCUCACCUUUGACAUGCGCCGGCAGCUGAAGCCGCGGCCCCGGCGCUCCCUGCCCUACGAGCCCUCGGAACAGCAGGUCUUCUACAAAGUCUCUGCCCACCACACCCAGUUCCUGCUCAACCUGACCCUGCACUCCAACCUGCUGGCCGAGCACUUCACCGUGGAGUACUGGAAGCGGGAUGGCAUGGACUGGCAGCACGACUUCCACGAGGACUGCCACUACGCCGGCCACCUGCAGGACCAGUACCUCAGCUCCAAGGUGGCCAUCAGCAACUGCAAUGGGCUGCACGGGGUGAUCGUGGCGGAUGAGGAGGAAUAUUUCAUCGAGCCCCUGAGCCCUGGAGCCAACGUCAGCGCGGGGGGUGAGGGCAAGGGCAGCCCCCACGUCGUGUACAAGCGCUCGUCCCUGCAGUACCCUCACAUGGACGCGGCCUGCGGAGUGAUGGACGAGAAGCCCUGGAAGGGGAGGCACUGGUGGCUGAGGACACUGAAACCCUCCCCUCUGAAGCCAUCGGGCAACCACAGCCAGCGGGGGCAGCUGCCCCUCAAGAGGUCGGUGAGCACCGAGCGCUACGUGGAGACCCUGGUGGUGGCUGACAAGAUGAUGGUGGGCUACCACGGCCGCAGGGACAUCGAGCAGUACAUCCUGGCCAUCAUGAAUAUUGUUGCCAAACUUUUCCAGGACUCGAGUCUGGGCAAUAUUGUCAAUAUCCUGGUGACCCGGCUGAUCCUGCUCACUGAGGAUCAGCCCACGCUGGAGAUCAACCACCACGCCGGGAAAUCCCUGGACAGCUUCUGCAAGUGGCAGAAAUCCAUCGUGAACAGGAACGGCAACGGGAACGCCAUCCCAGAGAACGGCAUCGCCAACCACGACACCGCUGUGCUGAUCACCAGGUACGACAUCUGCAUCUACAAGAACAAGCCCUGUGGCACCCUGGGCCUGGCCCCCGUGGGUGGGAUGUGCGAGCGGGAGCGGAGCUGCAGCAUCAACGAGGACAUCGGGCUGGCCACGGCCUUCACCAUCGCCCACGAGAUCGGCCACACGUUUGGCAUGAACCACGACGGGGUUGGCAACAGCUGCGGCUCGCGGGGACAGGAGACGGCCAAGCUGAUGGCUGCUCACAUCACCAUGAAAACCAACCCGUUCGUGUGGUCCACCUGCAGCAGGGAUUACAUCACCAGCUUCCUGGACUCCGGGAUGGGAUUGUGCCUGAACAACGCUCCUCCCAAGCAGGAUUUCAUCUACCCCACGGUGGCCCCGGGCCAGGCCUACGAUGCCGACGAGCAGUGCCGCUUCCAGUACGGAGUCAAAUCCCGCCAGUGUAAAUACGGGGAAGUGUGCAGCGAGCUGUGGUGCCUGAGCAAGAGCAACCGCUGCAUCACCAACAGCAUCCCCGCGGCCGAGGGCACCAUCUGCCAAACCAACACCAUCGACAAGGGGGUAAGGCAGCCUGGGCACUGCAGGGAGCUGCCAGGGAGGGCUUGGAUCCCUUUCCCAGCAAAAACCGGGAUUAUUGUUCACUCUGGGGACUGUCCCCCGGGCUCGCAGGAUUUCCGAGAGCUGCAGUGCGCCGAGUUUGACAACGUGCCCUUCCGAGGGAAGUACUACACCUGGAAAACCUACCGGGGAGGGGGUGUCAAGGCCUGUUCCCUCAACUGCCUGGCCGAGGGCUUCAACUUCUACACGGAGCGGGCGGCGGCCGUGGUGGACGGGACCCCGUGCAGGCAGGACUCGAACGACAUCUGUGUCAACGGGGAGUGCAAGCAUGUGGGCUGUGACCGGGUGCUGGGCUCCGACUCCAAGGAGGACAAGUGCCGGGUGUGUGGGGGAGACGGCAGCUCCUGCGAGACCAUCGAGGGCAUCUUCAACCACUCCCUGCCCGAGGGAGGGUACGAGGAGGUGAUCCAGAUCCCCAAGGGUUCCGUCCACAUCGACAUCCGGGAGCUGAACCUCUCCAUCAACUACCUGGCGCUGCGAGGGGAGAGUGGUGAAUAUUUCAUCAACGGGAAGCUCUCCAUCGAUCCCCCCCGGCGCUUCGACAUCGCCGGCACCACCUUCCACUACAGGAGGUCCCCUGAGGAGCCCGAGUCCCUGGAGGCUUUGGGACCCACCAACAUCACCCUCUUUGUCAUGGUGCUGGUGCGGACGGAGCUGCAGGGGAUCCGCUACAAGUUCAACGCUCCCGUGGGCAGGGAUGGCUCCAGCCUGUUCUCCUGGCACUACACCCCAUGGACCAAGUGCUCCGUGCUGUGUGCAGGGGGCAGCCAGAUCCAGUCUGUGGUGUGCAGGAAACUCUCCGAUGGCUCAACCGUCCCCAACCACUUCUGCAGCGCUGACACCAAAGUGCCCGAGCGGCAGAGGAGCUGCAACACCGAGCCCUGUCCCCCGGCCUGGGCCAUUGGGAACUGGUCUGAGUGCAGCCGGAGCUGCAACGAGGGCGUCCGGACCCGCAGCGUCUUCUGCAAGAGGAAGAUCUCUGCCAGCGAGGAGAAAACCCUGGAUGAUGCCUCCUGCACCCAGCCACGGCCAAAGAUGCUGGAGCCCUGCAACAACCAAACGUGUCCUCCAGAGUGGGUGGCCCUGGACUGGUCAGAGGUGAGUGCCAGAGGAGGGACACGGAGCUGGGGAAGGCUNNNCCUGUGCAAGAGCGGCGACCACAGCGUGACCCUGCCCACCUCCCAGUGCCACGAGGCCGCCAAGCCCCCCACCAGCAUGAGGUGCAACCUGCGGCGCUGCCCCCCGCCCCGCUGGGUCACCGGCGAGUGGGGAGAGUGCUCUGCCCAGUGUGGCCUCGGCCAGCAGAGAAGAUCCGUCCAGUGCCUGGCUCACACCGGGCAGCCGUCCAUGGAGUGUGUGGAGGCCCUGCAGCCCCCCGGGAUGCAGCAGUGCGAGACCAAGUGCGAGUCGGGGCCCACGGACAACCCUGAAGAGUGCAAGGAUGUGAACAAGGUGGCCUACUGCCCGCUCGUCCUCAAGUUCAAGUUCUGCAGCCGGACCUACUUCCGACAGAUGUGCUGUAAAACCUGCCAGGGGCACUAGGACACAGCGGGACACAGCGGGACCCCCGUGGCAAAACUGGAAGGCCAAAGCUACGCCCGAGGGCUGCCGAGCCGUGCCCUCCCUGCCCGCCCCGGGAAUCUCCCUUGGCUCCCACACAGACUCUGGCCACGCUUCCAGCGGGAGCCAACGUCACCCAAAGCCGUCCCCCACAGACCCCCUUGGCCCCCGAGCUUCACAAUGGCAGGUUCCCAGUUAAACCACUGCAGCCCUGGUCGGAUGAGUGCUGGGAGAGGGGGGAGCUGGGCAGAGCAGGGACUUUACUUGAAAUUCUGAUGUUGUUAUUUAUUAGUAGCGGAGCCAGGUCCCGGGCGCUACUGAGGGAAGCGGCACCGCUCGCCCCGCUCCUGCCUCAUCCUGCUCCGUGUCCCUGGGGCAUCAUCACGGGGCUUCAGCACUCCUGGGGCUGCUGCCCUUCCCUCGGGAUCCCAGGGGAGACAGGGAGGAGGGUGCAGGUGCCUCCAGCGUGGCUCGUGGGCGAUGGAUGAAGAGGAGCCGCCGUGGGGAGUGGGGCUGGAGCAGGGAUUUUGUCUCCUUGGUCACCUCGGCACUGGCAGCUGGGCACGGGGAACAGGACACCCCGUGAGCAGAGGGUGACACCAGCUUAACUGGGAGGGGGGUUCUUCAAACCUACUUGGAUUAGGACAUUCCCCUAUUUGUCCUCACCGCCCUUGUCACUUCUAGGAGCAGUUUUUAGCUGAGGUGGGGGCAGAGGCGUGCUGGGGGUUGCAGUCCCUCCAUGGGCAUUGGGGCUGUGCCAGGGUCAGGGAGCAAAGCAGAGGAGGAUUCAGGACACAAAGGGUCCUGUCACAGCGUCCCCAGGGCCUGGCACGGCCCAGAGAUCACCUCAGCCUCAGCAGCAGCCUCGCUUCCAAAGGUGCUUGAUUUCCAAAGGUGCUUUGCCCCCUAAAGGUGCUUUUGCCUCCAAAGGCAGCCUGGCCACGUGGGGCUGUGGCCUCGAGGUGCCAGUCCCAGUGCCACCCACGGGAGGCCUCCAGUGAUGGGAAAAGAGCAGGCUUGAAAUUCCUCCAGGUCACCUCGUGGCCAAACCUGUGCCAGUUUCUCCACGGGCAGCCUGUGGAGGAGACCUGACUUCAACUCUCCAAAGCAUGUGCUUUUUGUUAGCAUUGUAAUUCUUAUUAUGAUUAUUUUCAGGCCUUUCCACAUCACAGCGAUGGGAAACCUUUGUCCAAAGCUGUGUUUUGUUCCCUUGGGGCCAUCCCUAGGGUGCAGGGAGGGGACAGCCCCUUCCCCCGUCUGUUCCUCUCCCGUUUUUGUGUCCACCUGCUCCUCAGCCGAUCGCAGCUUCUCUGGUGCUCAGCAAAUCUCGUUUCUCUUCCUUCCUGGUGCCACGCUCCAUUCUGACGUUUUUGGGUGAGGGGAGGGGGUGUUUUCACCAUUUUUAUAUCGAUAUAUAUCUACUGACCAAUGUUUAACAUACUAACUCUGAGGAGGAGCGACGUAACGGCAUGAAUUAUAAUAAAGGAGUAGCUACGAUCCCGG